AGGAAAAGCACAAGUAACCUGAUAUAUCUGAGAAACUUUGUGAUCAUAAUCAUGGGUUCUUCUUCUCAAAAGUGGGUUGUAGGGUUACUUCUUGUCUUGAGCAUUUUCUUGGAAUUGAGUGCCAUCACUUUUGGUGAUGAUAAGCUUAAAGAGUCGAGGUGGGGUAAUGAUAAUGGUUGUGGACGAUUUGGUAGAAGAGGAUGUGGUGGACGUGGAGGAUGGGGUGGACGCGGUGUAGGUGGUGGAGCCAGGGGAGGACUAGGAGGAGGAGGUGGACAUGGUGGAGGAAUCGGAGUUGGAAUUGGAAUUGGUAUCGGAGUUGGUGUUGGUGCUGGAGCUGGCCAAGGUGUUGGAGUAGGGAGUGGUUCAGGUAGCGGUGGUGGUGGUGGUAAUGGCCGAUGAUAAAUCUCUCGUAGCUUAAUAGCUAUACUUCGACAGUGCCAAGAUACAUAAUGUUGCUUUAGAUCAUUAGAUGUUAAAGUUGUUAAACUACAGCUACUAAUUUGUAUGAUUUGGCUUUUAUAUGAAUUGUAUUUUCCUUAAUUUCCAAUGUAUCAUUCUCCAAUUAUGAAACGAAACUAAAACUAUAUAUAUGAAUCUUGUUAAACUA